UUACAUGCCAACAAUACAAUAACGGGUUAUAAUGUGUCGAGAAAACGAACUGUUCGAUUGUUCGAUUUCUGAACUACACUAUAUAUAAACCUGGAGCAUGUAUUUUUAAAUGUCAAAUAACGAACAGCUGUUUGUGUACACAAACCACAGGAUACAUGUGAAUUCAUGUACGAAGUUGUAAAUACCGGAUCAAGCCGUACAUUCAAGUGUAUUCCAGGCGAAGUACAAGUUCAACCGGAUCAACACCUCUGUAAAGAACAAACGGUUUCACUAGUUGAUUCAUUUUUAGGAAGUAACCGCGACAUUUCAAACGUGCACGAUAUCCCAUUGUGAAUUUGCGUCGAACGGUAGAACGCAACGUUGAAUCAAGAAGAGUGCAAUUCAGCAUUAACACGAUGGCUCGCGCAACUGGGAAAGCGCAUAUGAUUGUUCUAGACGUAGGUCUCACCACGGCGAUGGCUACCGGGAUCGAUAAGCAAUCCUUCUUUCAAAAGUCAAAAGCUUGUGCAUCCCUUAUCAUACAGCGAUUGAUUUUCAGCGCUCCAAACGACCAUGUCGGUAUCGUGCUACUAGGAACAACUGAAACCAACAAUCAACUCAAUGUCGAACUAGGCAGAUACGAACACAUUACUGAAGCUUUUGAAUUGAAACAAGCAAAUUGGCCAACAUUAAGAAUACUGCUGGAUCAAGUAGCACAAACGGAUGUGGAAGCAUGCUGGUUUGACGCGUUGAUAGUAGCGUUAAACUUUCUGCGAAACGGUGCACAGGGCAAAAAGUGCACCGAGUAUAGUAUCAUUUUAAUUUCUCCCUUUUUUACAAGCUCUCAUGUCACGCAGGAUCAGCUAGAGAGCGUGAUGGAUGGUUUUCGUAGCAUGGAAUGUGUACUGCAUGUCAUUACCAAUUAUGUACUACAUCCGGCAGCAUUUAUCGCAUCGAUCUUCACCACGUCUGGUACUUUCGAUGAGAAUGCAAGUAAAUCCGAUGCACGAUCGCUAAACGAGCGAACGCUAAAGAAAGUAUUAGAUGAUACAAACGGAACCGUGUCGAAUAUAAACUGGGCAGAACGAAUGUUAACUUUCUUUGACCCAAAAGUGGUACGGCCUACACCGUGGAACUCUUUACUGAGCAUCGGCACGAAAGUAAAAUUGUCCAUUUCGGCGUAUGUUAUGAUCGUUCAACAGAAAGGAUUGGGAUCGUUCAAAGUGGAUAGCGUCAGCGAUCCCACCAGCAGUGGCAGCUCGAAAGUGGAAAUGAAAACACAAUACUUGUUGAACGAUAAACCAAUCGAAAUUUCUAUGCAAGACAUCAUUAUGGGAUAUAUGUACGGUUCGACGGCAGUGCCAUACGACAAUACGAUCGACAUUGAGUACAGGUCGGGUGAUUCGCGACUAGCCUGUUUAGGGUUUACCGCUUCCAGCAAUAUACUCGAGGAACAUUUGAGCGCCAAGGGAUCGCUUGUUGUUGUGGCAAAAAAAGGUUGUACCGCCUCGAACCACAAGCUGUCCGCAUUGGUUAAAGCAAUGUAUGAACUGAAAGUUAUCAUGAUCGCCACCAAGGUGUAUCGCAAAGACAACAGGCCAAGGCUGAAUGCCUUAGUACCAACGUAUAGAAACGAAAUUCCGUGUCUCAUAAUGAUGGAACUUAUAUUUAAGGAUGAGAUGUGCUGUUUGAAGUUUCCUCCACUGCUGAAAUCUAAACCAAUGCCAACAGACGAACAGUAUGAUGCGGUCGAGAAGUUAAUCGAAAGUAUGAAUUUAAUGGAUGCGAUCGAGGAUUCUAACGGGGAGUCUCGUGAAGCGUUUGCCAUGCAUAACACGUUCAACCCAUCGCUUCAGAACGUUUAUCGAGCGGUAGCUCAUCGUGCACUCCAUCCCAAAAAACCCCUGCCAGCGGUUAUGGACAGCACAUUACAGGAAUUAAUCGAAGUGCCGAAGAAGGUGGCAAAUCGUGCAAAACCAGCCCUUGACGAAGUAAAGAGACAGUUUGAAUUGAAAGAAAUCACACAAAACACCCGCACCGAAUGGCUUCAACGAAUGGCAAAGAUAAAACUGGCAGAUGAUGCUACUUCCAGCAUCUCAACCAUAGACAGCGGCGUUCUCAUGGACGAUGAUGAUGCCGAGCGUAGAAUGGUUGUUUCCGUGGGUACCGUCACACCUGCGGAAGAUUUCGUUCUUCUACUGCGCAGGGGAGAAAGAUUUGCCACCGUAGCUACCCAACUACAGAACGUACUAUUCGAAUUGUUGUUUACAUCGAUGCGAGCACCAGAUGAUAAAGUAGUUACAGCGCUGAUUGUGUACCGUAGCGAAGCGCAACACCUUGGCCCAUAUCGGUACAAUGAGUGGAUGGCUGAGUUUAAGAAAAUGCUUCUAACUCGCCGCAAGGAAGAGUUCUGGAAGACAGUUAUCGUUGGUAAGCGGUUGGGUCUGAUCGAUUCGCAGGAAAGUGAGAUGAGCACGAUAAGUGUGGAACAGGCAGCAAACUUCUACGAGACACCGUCCGAAAAUAAGUCUACCGUUGAAAGUUUCAGCGGAGAUAACAUAGAGUUGGAUAGCUUGUUCGAUGAACUAAAUGGAUCGUUCUAGGUAAUGUUAAUUCUUGAUUUCUUUUUAACAUGGGAUGGUAUUUUACCAUUUUUAGAUAAGGUAUUUUUUUUCCUUUCUAUCUUGGAGUGCGUGUUUCCUUACCACUGAAGAUAAUGAGAUAAAAUUAUGACCGUCUAUACAAGUAUCCAGUAUUAUAAUAAAUGAUACAUUUAAAUAGAGUUUUUCUUACAAUUCAUUCUAUUUUAAAACAGGUCUAGUUCGAGUUUAGUGUAUUUUGUUGCUUAACUUAUGUUAAAUUAUAUGUACAAUCAUAGCUUUUAACAUGUGAUAUCUCUUGUAGAUGAAUAGUUCUUCCAUCACAUGGUUUUGAGGUACCGGUGUGUCGCUGUGCUAUUUGCACUUACAGAUACCUUCAUACGCAUCUCAAGUACACGGUCGGAAUUUUGAAGAGCGCGUAAAUGCAUUUUUUCAACUUAUCAAACAACUCCCAUUAAAUACCCCACAUCCACUCGUCACACACACACAAUAAACAUUAUCUACGCGAUGCGCCCGGGACAUUCGCGUAUCUAUCGGUUCAACAGCGUGAUGUACACGACAUCGUGUCACAUGUAAUUUACCCUCGUCCUGCAGUAAAGAUAACGGAAACCCCGGGGUGAGAAAAGCCACAAACAAUUAUUGGCUAAUGUGAACAAGGAUGAUAGUUAGUGCAAUUAGCGCAGGGCAGGGUGGAUUAGAUUCAUUGAUUCGGUGUUAAUGUAGGGUCCAUAAGCGAUGCAAAAUGCCGGUGUGAAAAACCUGCAAAAGCACAUCAUUUCUUUUGUUUAUCUCACAUAAACACGCAACGCAAAGAUGAUAAGGUAGUGUUAAGUAAUAAGCUUAGAACGAUAUGUUAGGAUAAGUUCCUUUUUGAAUGUUACAAUUGCUAACAAUUUUUGAUAAACUGACCGAUUUAGUAGCAUAACAUUACAUGCAGCAAUCCCAAAAAAUCCCAAUCCGAUAAUGUACCGAAUUGAUACUAUAAAAUCAGCUCGAAUUGCUUGCUGAUAACACCAUGCAAUCGAAAUACAAAUUGGUAAAACUACACUCCCCACUCUAAUUUUUUUGCCAUUCACGAUGAAUAAGGAUUUUAUGUAUUUUCCAGUUUUGACCAAAUACGUAAUAAUCAGCGGAUAAACGUCUGUGCCAAAAACUGAACAGAGGGUAGAAAUAAAUAAACGUAUGACGCCUUGCGAUAAGGAGCCUACAUCCAGUA